GAGGAGCAGAGAGGAGCAGAGAGGAGCAGCGCGCCGGCAGGCGGAGGCCGGAGGAGUCCUCUGUCCCAGCAGCAACUCCUCCGCCCGGCCCGCCUCCACAAAUGGGUUAAAGAACCAGCGAGCUUGUUGCAGAUCUUCACAGCUACCUGCAGGAUCUGGACGAUGUAGGAACCGUCGCCCCCUCCCCCUCCCCGCCCUCCUUCUCUGCAUCUCCAUCCUCUGGUUUUAAGGUCCCCCCCCCACCCACCAGCCUCCUCCUGGCCUCCUCCACCUCCCUCCAUCCCAUCAUGCCUGCUGGGAUGAAACCGCUGGAGAAGUUCCUGAAGAAGCAGACCACGGCUCUGACCCGGGCCGGGGGCUUCGGUGGGGUGGCCGACAAGGUGGGCGGCGGGACCGGGGCGGCCCGGCGGCGGGCCAGCCUGUCCCGGGUCGUUCCGUUCUUCAGGGAGACCUCACCUGACGGCGGCCAGACUCGAGAGGUGUUCAGCCCUGACAGUGAAGAACUGCCAUCCUGGCCUUCAGCAGCAGGAACAGGCGUGGCUUCCAUGCCCGGUAGCAUGAAUGGUCCUGGUUUUGGGAGAGGAGGAGAUGUGCGCAGCCCGUCCCUGUCCAGCGACGAGCAGAGCUCCGAAGCCAGUCUGAUCACAGAGUCCAGCAGCGGAGGAGGAGGAGGAUGGACGCUGCUUCACGCCGACACUCCGGACAACUUGACCCUUGCUGUGCUGGACAGCGUGGCCGGGAAACGCUUUGGACACUGUACAGAAACCUUGCUGGACGACUUCAUGUUGACACAUCCCAUCUUUCUGACAGCUGAGCGGUUCCAGCACAUCCUGCUGCAGCAAUUCAGAAUGGACAUGGAGGGGAAGGAGGGGGAGGCAGGAGGGAGGGAGGGGGAGGGAGAGAAACAAGAAGGUGGAGGUGAGGAGACGGAUGGAGAGGGCGACGGAGCGCUAGAUGCUGCAGACAGGAAGCAGGCGGUGCUGAAUGUGGCAUUCCGUUACCUGGACACGUACAGAGAGCUGCUGCAGGAGGAGGGCGAGCGAAACAACAACUUCCCCAAGGAGCUGUACAUGUGUGCGGUUCAGGAACUGAGUCACUAUCCAGAGCUGGUGGAGGACGUCUUCAAACUGCAACGAUGGACAGAGAUCAUCCACUGCCCGUGUGAUGAGGAGAAAGAAAGCAAAAAGAAGCAGGUUCGUCCUCUGUUCAGACACUUCAGACGCAUCGACGCCUGUUUGCAGCCCAGAGAGGCGUUCAGAGGCUCCGAUGAGAUCUUCUGCAGGGUUUACACUCCGGAUCAUUCUUACGUCACCAUCAGGAGCCGCCUGUCCUGUCGUGUUGGAGAGAUUCUGGCUCUGGUCAGAGAGAAACUCCAGUAUAGCGAAGACCAACCGGUUCUGCCUGUUAACCUGAUCUUGGUGGCUGUCACGUCUGCUGGAGAGAAGCCGUGUUUCGCCCUAGCGAUGAGGCAGUGUUUCACCACGCUGGGCGUCAACACACACCUGUUUGCCUGUGAACCGUCUGAGCUGGACUCAUUGCUUCCUCUUCCGGAGGAGAUUCACUGGUCGCCAGGCGACAGCAAACUCCACGACAUGUCUGCAGAGGAAGUGUCCAAUCAGCUCGUCGUGUUUGACUGGGAGCUGUUCAGCUGCGUGCACGAGGUGGAGUUCGUGUGUUAUGUGUUUCAUGGUGAGCAGUCCCGCUGGCGCCCCCUGAACCUGGAGCUGGUAUUGCAGCGUUGCAGUGAGGUGCAGCACUGGGUUGCCACAGAGAUCCUGCAGUGUCAGUCGCUGCCCAAAAGGAUCCAGCUGCUCCGCAAGUUCAUCAAGAUCGCCGCUCUCUGCAAGCAGCAGCAGGACCUGCUGUCGUUUCUCGCCGUAGUUCUGGGGCUCGAUAACCCAGCUGUCAACAGACUGCGACUCACCUGGGAGGGUCUCCCAGGAAAGUUCCGCAAGCAGUUUCAGCAGUUUGAGAGCAUUGCGGACCCCUCCAGAAACCACAAGUCCUACAGAGACCUGAUCACCAGUCUGAGACCUCCACUGAUCCCCUUCACACCUCUGCUGCUCAAAGAUUUGACAUUUCUUCAUGAAAGCUGUAAGACGUUUCACGGUGAGCUUGUCAACUUUGAGAAGAUGCAUAAAGUUGCAGACAUGGUGAGAAACAUCAGACGGUACCGGAGUUCUCAGCUAGCUAUGGAUACAGAGACGUCCCCCUCCCACCUCCAGACGAAGGCCUACAUCCGCCAGUUACAGGUGAUUGACAACCAGAACCUCCUGUUUGAGAUGUCCUGCAAGCUGGAGCCCAAAGACACAUAGAGGAGGUGUGUCAAACUGGACUUCAUGUGCAGGCUCCUCCUUCAACAGCUCUCUGUCCCAAUCACUGCCAUGCACUCUGACGACUUCUGACCCAUGCAUAACUUCCUUAAAAUGCCAGCCGAACUUAGAAGACUUCGCAGCGGUUCUUCCGGGAUCUGGUCCCUGUCCUCAAUGUUCAUGUUCUCUCUCCACGCUUUGUGAAGAUUUGUGGAAGGUCUGUCAAGGAUGUUUAGGAACCUUCAGCAAAGAGUGAUCACAGAUGUUUCCUCUAACUUUUCUAUGAAGCAAAUUUUCCCCGAGGCUGCUGCUGAAUCCUUGAUCCAGAAGUAACUCCAUUCUAUAUUUAGGAUCCAGAACAUUUUGUGUUCUGCAAGUUGAUGAGACCAGAAAAACCACAUCCUUCAAAAACAUCUUGUAGAAGAUGAGUGUAGCGCUGUCACUGUGGAUUUUCUUCACCGAUUGUUUUUAUAAGUAAUCCAGCUGCUGUUUAUCGAAACCUGCACCGUCCGGCCUGAAGUCCAACGCGUUCCAAAACCUGUUUAGUCUAAAUCAGACGGAUGCUGCUUUCAAAUGCGUUGUCUCAUCUUUAUGAUCAGAUGACACAUUUAAAGGUUUCCAACAAAAUAUUUUUCCUCCUUCCUGAUUGGUCAGAAUCAGAUGUCAAGGGGUGGAAAAUUCCCUAUUUAAAUAAUUGAUUGAUUGAAAAUUUUCUUAUGUUAUAAUUUGUUCCAUGUCUUCACUGAAGGUUUUCUCAUUUUCUUCUUUGAUAUUUUACAUCAAGAAUGAAACACUUAAAAGUGCUGCUAAGUUUAAUCUGGUUUAAACAAAAUAUUACUUUUUAACUUAAACGUAGUUAAAUUACAGAUAGUUUUCUUUAAAACUCUUUUCCUGCAGCUGCUUUAAAGGGCUUUAAGAUGGUUUGUUAAAAAAAAAGAGAAAUUAUAAAAGAUGGUUUUAAAUCAGUCAAUUUCAAAGUUAAAAUGAAAGUUUAAAAAAAAUCUGAAUGCUCGAAGAUAAUGUUUCAUCAACUGAUUUAAAAUGAUUUCAUACUUGUGUUCAGUUUCAAAGCAGAUAUGAUCUUUGAAGUGAUUUCAGACAGCUUUAAAUGAUAAAACCUCUUAAACUGAUUGUAAGCCAGUUAAAGUAGAAAUAAAUUGCUUUUAAAUGAUUCUACAGUGAAGACAGACCAUUUUACAAGUUGCUCACUUUCAGAUUGACGUUUUUUAAAACUGAUUGUCAAAAGCCAACAUAAUAUGUAGAAUUUUAAAAGAACAGGUAAAAUGUUAUUUGAUGAUGUUUGCUCAAGCUCUCAAAUUUAAAAAUUUAUUUUGCAGAAUUUUUAUGGAUUAAAUAACUGAUUACUUAAAAGAAAUCACUAGUGACAGCAGCUGUAUUUUUCCUCUUGAUGAACGCGUCUGUUUCAGUCUUUCUGGGAGGAACAGUUGUGAACGCUUCCGUUUGCUAAAAGCGUUCUCAUCUUCGUCACUUCUGAAAACUGAAUAAGUCAACGGCGGCCUCGGACAUUUGGAAGAUUUAAAGAAACAAAAACCUUUUUGUGCCAUCACUCCAUGUCCUGUGAUGUCUGAUCAAUCAGACGACAGACAAUCUGACGCCUGCUGAACCUUGACCCCCAACAAGAAACUGGUGACGGAACUGAUGUCAUGGAGCCGACACCCAUUUCCAUGAUCUUUCUUUUUCUUUAUCACAAAAGUUUUGUGUGAUUGUUUGCAGAGAAGCAGCGACGGACGGCAAACGUCCCGUUGUGAUCCAGAGAUGCUCACUCACGUGGUUCUCGGACCCUCAGCCACCAGGAUGCCCCUGGACUCUGGUUCUGUACCAGAACAAACACAAUUGACAAAGACUUUUCAGGUGGAACCAGUCAAGACUGGUUUUCUUACAUGAAGCAGCGACAUCACGUCUUUGGUUUACAGGAGUGGCGCUCAGAAAAGUUUACGAAUUAAUCUAUUUUUUCAUCACUUAAAUAAUAACGGGCAGUUGUGCCAAAUGUUGACAGUUUACAUUGUCUGAAUGUUCCUAAGAGGUAGAGGUCUUCCCGGGUCCAGACCAGCUGAAACCGACCUGUGGAACUUCCAUCUGAACCCAAAAGUGCACAAAUUAAUUGACCUGAAACUAAACACACCCAUUUUAAAAAUACAUGUGCAGCAGAACGCGGAACAGUCGCAUUGAUUAUGACUCUUAAUCAAAUUCAGGAGAUGUUGCAGAGAAAAUGUAAAUAAUUACAUGUGAAGAAGACAUUAAUUUACUAAAGUGCACACACCUUUCAUCUCAUCUCACAGCGCACUCACAGUCAUCCUGUGACCGAAACAUACAGAUACAAAGGAGCGACGCAUCAGCGCACAAUUAAGGUUUUCAGCCUGAAAAUCCAAAGUGGUGAUUUUACACAAGUAUCACGUCCUGUGGGUGUGGCCACGGCGAAGGAGGAAAAGAAAAGUGCUGCUACAAGUGGCCUUUACAGAAGCAUCUUCUACAUAUGAGUGCCAGUGUGUGUGUGAGGCACUCGUGUCAGUGUGCGGCGCUCAGUGUGUGAUGCACAGUGUGCGACAGUCAGUGUGCGAUACUCGGUGUCUAAUUGUGUCAUCUAAAGCCACACCUCUCCUCGUCACUGUAAUAUUCCUGUCUUAUAUUUUGUAGUUCAUCCAGCGUAAAACUUGUGCCAAAUGAACAUACAGAUCCACCACCGACCCCGAGUAAAACACAAGAGAAGCCAAAGGGACUUACUUUAUUCUUUGUAGUUGGUGUGAAGUACUCUGAACCCUCUGCUGUCCACGUGCUCUCUCCUGAUCACAGCUGAGCGGAUGUGCGCUCUGAACUGGCCCCGCCCAAAAUAAACUGACUUCUGUUGCCCAAAACUGGUUUAAGAGUCUAAAAACCCAAGAGGUCCCGGGAAGACCUCUCUUGUAAAGUCUUGGAACAUGUGACAUAAGCAGUGAUGAUGCGUUCACUGUCUGGAGUGCUGCAUUUGAGGACACUUUGUGUGGACUGGUCUCACUGGUUUCAGAUCUGUUCAUUCUGCAUUGGUGUACUGAGUCUGGAGACAUUCACAGAUGCUUCAUUUUGGGACAUUUUGUUUACUGAAAAUUAAUUUUAUUGUUACACAUUUGUACAACGAUGGACAGAGGGACACUUUCCCUUUUAAAGGCCACGCUGCUGUUAUUCUGUUUUGUUUUGUUUUAAUUUUUACUGUAAAAUUCUGCAUUGCUGCCGAAUCUUCAUGGCUAGCUAAUUUUUUGAUGUGAAAUUAAUCCAGAAGUUUUGUUUUGUUGUUUGUUUGUUUGUUUUCCACUUGUGAGAUGGGUUGCAGCUCUUGUGGAGACUUUCAGUCUUCUGCAAACUAAAUAUUUUUCGUUUUUUGUCUGUUUGAUGGACAAAAAAAAAAAAUAAUUACAAGUUGUCAUCACUGUUAAAGUGUGGUGGAUUUUAUGUCAGUCUUCUAAUAUUUGAUAUUAAUUGAUUAAUUGGUUAAUCACAAGAGAUUAAUGUCAAUAAUUGUUACUUGUAGCACUGCACAAUGUAAAGGACCUUUAGUCUCAAAAUAGUUAAAAAACACAUUUGUUGAAUUUAAAAUUGUAAAACUUUUCCAAAAAAAAAAAAUCUUUAUUUUUUUCACUCCAACAUUCAUUUUGCAAAUAUUUGUUAAACAUUGCAAAAUGUAUUGUUUUUUUUUAAAGAAGUGAAACAGUUAGAAAUACAGUUUAAAAACUUUGUUUUGUUAUUAAUAAGAACAAACACUAAAUUAUUGUUUAAGGAUUUUUUUUAUUUAGCAUUCGAGAGCUGAAAUAAAUGAACGUGCAGAGAAACAGCAGCAUGGCCCUUUAAAAAGGUGAGCGUUUUCUGAUUGGAUUAUCAAGUGGCAACCUGGCAGAUGUGUUUACGGAAAACGUCACUUUUUUCCAGUUUUGAACAUUUGAACAACCAAUCAGCUUUAAGGAAUGACCUAGUCAGCUGAUCUUCUGGGAUUGGUUGUUGAUCCACAGAGCUCUCCUGCCAUUGGUGGAAUGUGUGGCCUGAUGGCUGGAGGAGCAGCUGGCAGCAGCCGAGGCAAUAAGGUGGUUCAUCAACUUUUUGAAGCAACGAAGCACUUUUGCCAAACCUCAGGGUGACUGAGAGACAGAGCGAGGUUUAGUUUACUAUAAUAAUCUUCUAUUUUAGAUUUUUAGUCGCGUUCAGUUGUGCUGCAAUUUAUUGUGUUUGUAUGCUAACAGAAACCUGCUCAGUUGUUUCACGUUACAGUCAGCUUGUAAAAAACACUGUAUGUGCUGCCCUCUAGUGGCCACAGAGACAUAGCUAAAAGAUUUAUUCAUUUGGCUCUUUGUUCCCUGAUGUUGGGCCAGUUACUUCCAACAUGCAAUACAUUAUAGAUGUAUGUAAGUAAUGCAUUAAAUUACAGUAUUACUGUCUCUGAAUUGUAAUGCAUUACGGGCUUCUGCAUUACUUUUGAGUUACUUUCACCAAAAUAACUGCACAAGUACGACUUUGCAUUCAAAAAUACAGUUCACUGCAGGUCGUUAUACAUCCAGUGGAGGGCGAUGUGGUAAAGCAUAAUGACUGUAGGCCCAUAAGGCUAUUAACAACAAUAUAAUUAAUAUAAUUGGUGCAAUGAUGGCUCAAGGUGCAACACAAGUCUUCUUUGGACUCUUUGCUUGCCAGUUCUCUGGCUCUUCAUUCACUGGCUCUCUGGCUUUUCUUUAACAAGCCGACUCUUCAUGUAUCAGCUCUCAGGUUGGUUGUUCACUGGCUCUUUGGACCUUCAUUUGCUGGCUCUCCGGCUCUUCAUUUGCUGGCUCUCCGGCUCUUCGUUUGCUGGCUCUCUUCUUCUUCAUUUGCUGGAUCUCUGGCUCUGUUCGCUGGCUCUCAUGAUCUUCAUUUGGUGGCUCGCUGGCUCUUUGUUCACUUGCUCUUCGUAUUCUGGCUCUCUGGCUCUUUGUUUGUUAGCUCUUUGGAUCUUCAUUUGGUGGCUCUCUGGCUCUUCUUUUCCAGGCUCUCUUGCUCUUUGUUCGCUGGCUCUCAGAAUCUUUGUUUGCUGGCUCUCUUGCUCUUUGUUCGCUGGCUCUUAGGAUCUUCAUUUGGUGGCUCUCUGGCUCUUCGUUUGCUUGCUCUCUUAAUCUUUUUGUUCUGGCUCUCUGGGUCUUCAGUCACUGGCUUUUUGGAUCCUCAUUUGUGGCCCCCUGACUCUUCGAUUACUGUUUCUCUGGCUGUUCAUGAAAAAGACAGACGAGUUUGGCUCUCCGUCAGGUCAUUGAAUGGUUUUUCUGCAAAGAAACUCGACACUGAAGGAACAGAAAGCCAAAUGUUUCAUUGAUUUAUUGUGACACAUUAAAACUGAGUGGAUGAGAGCCAAUUGAACAAAUCUUUUAAAGAAAAGAGUUGGAACUUUAAAAAAAAAUCUUUCACAAUUCGCUGAAUCACGAAUGAGGUGUCAGUACUUUGUUAAUUCUAAGGAAUUACUUUGAAAUUCAGGGGGGGAAAGUAUAAAUUCCAAAAUAAAAAUUAGAGUUCUGAGAGGAAAAAAAUGAACAGGUUUGUUCAUAGCUUGAAUUCUGAGAGAAUUUGUGAAUUUAAGAAUGUGUAUAACCUGAAUUCUAAAUAACAUUUUGUAUUUUAAUUUUUUUUAAAUAUAUAGAACAACUCUGAAAUUCAAAUGAUUCUGACAAUUCAUAUUCUGAAUUUUGACAAUAUCAGAAAAACAGAAUUCUUUUCUGACUUCUGAUAAAAUUCUUAAUUAAUCAAAGAUCUGAUUUCACUGUCAAACUCUGUUGAAAUUCUGACUUUUCUCUUGUGAAAUCUGACGUUCAGGUGAAGACAUUUGAUCAUGUGAACCUCUCAAGGUGACAUCAUCAUUAGUCUGUCUCAGGACUUCUCACUUGUGGGCGUAGUCACAAGCCCCAUCCAUAUACUAACUUUAAUGAUUAAUGCCACCAAGAAGCCAUCUGGGACCUGUUUCAGAAAGCAGGUUCAACAAAGCCCGAGUGUAAACUUGAUCUCUGGGUUGACUAACUGAGCUGGAAAGUAGAAGAGGUGAUCAGAGUUAGUUCCCUCAGCUCUAAGUCCAACUAAUCCUAAGGAGAUUAAAAAAAAACUCCACAUCAAUGGAACACAGAUAACAGGAUUCACCAUGGCAACAGGUGAAAAAAGCUAAAUCAGUGGACUUAAAAAUAAUAGAAUAUGAG